UAAGAAUUGCUUGUAAACAAAUAAUAAGAAUUUCGGUGCUUCCGAACUUUAGAUUCUAUAAAUGAGCUUCUUUUAAUAAAAUGUUUGUGAGCUAUAGUUAAUAGUUUUUAAUUAAUAGUUUUUUGUAUUUAGUUUUGCUUUUAAAUUAUUCUUUUUAGAUGAGACUCCCAAUAAAUUUCGUUUUUUGUCGACAUUUAUCUACAUUUCGCGAUACUUUUAUUAGCAAAUACGGGAAACCGGAGAGCCAAGCAUGGUUCCCAGGACAUAUGUAUAAAGGUAUUUUACAAAUGCAAGCCAAGUUAGCGGUUGUUGAUUGUAUCAUUGAAGUUCAUGAUGCUAGAAUUCCUUUUAGCGGUCGUAAUCCAAAAUUCUAUUCUAUGCUUACUGCAGUGAAACCUCAUCUGUUAGUUUUAAACAAAUGUGAUAAAAUAGAGUACUCCUAUCGAAAGAAAAUCAAAGACAGGCUUUUAAAGGAAAAUAUCCAAAAUGUAUUAUUUACGAAUUGUAAAGCCAAUACGAAAAGUGGAGUUGAUAAAAUUAUUCCAACUGUGUUGGAGUUAAUUGAGAUGUCUUCAAAGUAUCAAAAAGGUAUGGCUGCUGAUUUUGCUCUAAUGGUGAUAGGAAUUCCAAAUGUAGGAAAAUCUUCUGUAAUAAAUAAACUCAGAAAUAUUCACCUAAAAAAAAAAAAAGCUUCACACGUGGGGGCUGUUCCAGGCAUCACUAAAUCUGUUUUGGAGAAAAUUAAGAUAUCAGAAAAUCCCAAAGUUUAUUUAUACGAUACUCCAGGCGUGAUGCAACCAAAGAUUGAUAAUAUAGAAGUAGGUCUUCGAUUAGCUCUCUGUAGAACUUUAAGAGAUGACCUCAUUGGGGAAGCUUUAAUUGCAGAUUAUUUAUUGUAUUGGUUAAAUAAGAACAAAAACUUCAGGUAAGCUUUAAAUAUAACUGUGUUG